AUGCAAGACGUCUACACAUCAGUUCGAAAAGGUUCAUUUUUUGCGAGAAGUCAUUUAGCUAUUUCCCAGAUAAUGAUAAUAUUAUACGGAUUUGCAAAUGACUUCCCGCAAAAAGUAAUCUCUAAGGAAACAUCACUGUCUGCCCCUACUGUUAUCGACUGGUGCAAUUUCUGCAGAGAAGUGUGCAGUACAUAUCUAGAGCAACAUCCUGUGGAAUUAGGAGGGUUCGAUGAACAUGGAGAACCAGUCACGGUGGAAAUGGACGAAACCAUGUUUUUCCACAGGAAGUACCAUCGAGGACGGGCCUUUGGGAACAGACAGUGGGUUUUUGGAAUGAUAGAAAGGAACAGUGGAAAACUGUUCCUUACACCAGUGCAGGCACGGAACGAAGAGACACUGCUGCCCAUUGUAUCAAGAACAAUUCUACCGGGGACAUUAAUUGUCACUGAUGGAUGGGGAUCCUAUAGAAAUAUUGGUCGCUUGGAUGGGGGUGUGUAUGAACACAGAACAGUUAUUCAUCAGAAUAAUUUCGUCGAUCCAAAUAAUGACAGUGUUCAUACACAAACUAUAGAGAGCGUUUGGAUGCGGUCUAAGAAGAAGCUCCGUAGACAAUGCGGGACUUCCAUGGAUUUGUUUCCAUCGUACCUCCAAGAGUUUGUGUGGAGGGAACGAAUAAAGGAUAAAGACCCAUUUGUGGAAUUGUUAUUAUGCAUUUUAGAACAAUAUUUAGUUUAG